UUACUAUAAUCGUUGAAAGCCCUAUCACAUCUGAUUUUAUGCCCCCACCUGUCGUACCACAUCUUUCUUUGAGUACUUCAGAGAACAACACUUUACUUUCAUCAAAUGAUCUAACUUCUUCGAUGACGGAUGUCUCGCCUUCGUCAAAAUUCAGUGCAUCUUCUGAUAUAAGUAUAACUGAAAAAGCCUUUUUGGAGAAUUCACGUUCAUCCUUGCUAGGAAAUGUUGAUUCAACUACCUCUUUCCAAUCUUCCAGUGUAGAUACUUUUCCAAGGGUUGAUCUAAAAAAAUCCGGUCCGUUGUUUCAAGCGACUGGUUUACGUGAACCGUUUGAAACAGGAACGUCCUCUCUAUCUGUAGAGGCAAUUGAUAAUUCAAUGAAUGAUGUUUCUCUAUCAUUUUCUGAUGGUGAUAUCUCGUCUUCUACAAGAAUAGAGAAGGCACCAAUAGUGUCCAAUAAAUCUAGCAUGAUGAGAGAAACUUCAAAUUCUAAUUCUUUGUUAAAAGACGUCCCAACGAAUUCGUUUGUUGAUGAUGUUUCAACCUUUCGGAAUGAGGAAAUUGCAGUCCCAUCCUUCAAAACUCAAGAUGCAACCAUUCGUAAUGAGGAAAAUGCAGCGCCAUCCUUCAACACUCAAGAUGCAACCUUUCAAAAUGAGGAAAUUGCAGUGCCAUCCUUCAACACUCAAGAUGCAACAAUUCGAAAUGAGGAAAUUGCAGUACCAUCCUUCAACACUCAAGAUGCAACCAUUCAAAAUGAGGAAAUUGCAGUGCCAUCCUUCAACACUCAAGAUGCAAAAAUUCGAAAUGAGGAAAUUGCAGUGCCAUCCUUCAACACUCAAAAUGCAACAAUUCGAAAUGAGGAAAUUGCAGUGCCAUCCUUCAACACUCAAGAUGCAACAAUUCGAAAUGAGGAAAUUGCAGUGCCAUCCUUCAACACUCAAGAUGCAACAAUUCGAAAUGAGGAAAUUGCAGUACCAUCCUUCAACACUCAAGAUGCAACCAUUCAAAAUGAGGAAAAUGCAGUGCCAUCCUUCAACACUCAAGAUGCAACCUUUCGGAAUAAGGAAAUUGCAAUGCCAUCCUUCAACACUCAAGAUGCAACCAUUCGAAAUGAGCAAAUUGCAGUGCCAUCCUUCAACAUUCAAGAUGCAACCUUUCGGAAUGAGGAAAUUGCAUCCUUCAACACUCAAGAUGCAACCUUUCGGAAUGAGGAACUUGCAGUGCCACCCUUCAACACUCAAGAUGCAACCUUUAUGUCAUCAUCGAAGAAAACUUUGACAUCUACUGUUAAAGAUGAAAUGUCUUUUGGCACUGAGAACACCGCAUCUACUAACCAUUCUUCAUCUUUUGACGGAUCGUCUCAUAUCGGACAAUCAGGUUUGGUAAUUUCAGAUGUACAUGUCAACUCGUCUUUUUCGUCAAAUCAACUACUAGUAAACGAUUCAUUGUUUGCUCUAGAAGAAAACAUGAAUGAUUCUCUUGCAGUAAGUAUUGAUUUUGAAAAACCAGUUUCGGUAAAUGAAACAUUUGCAUCUUCCUUGAAUGGAGGUAUAUUGUCAACUAUUACACUGGAAGAUAAUUCCAAACUAUCACCGGCAGCUAGAGAUGUAUCAAUAGAUUCAAAUGGAACCACUGUAUUUGCUGAUACAAUAUCUGAGUCUCCAACUUUCUCUGACAUAUCUCCAAUUAUUUCUGGUGAAUCACUUUGGAUUGUAAAUGGAACUGAUAAAUCAGUUCAAGACGGAAAUAUCACCAUGCUGUCCUCAAUAAAAGACUUAUCGAAAUCUGCUAACAGUUUACUCAUUGAACAAUUGGAUUCUAAAGAUGUCGAUUUACUGACUGGGACUACAGCAGUUAUUUUUGAAUCGAUUAGUAAUAAUAUAUCGUCAACUUCAAUGACAGCUGAAACGAAUUUCAAACAGAUAUCAUCAAAUCUCAAACAAGAAGAACAAAUACCAUUUGACGUAAUAAACUCUAUUUCUGAUGUAGACUUUAAUAGCAAAAUUGACACAAUGAAUGAUUUUUCUUCCUUUGAUUCUAAUGUAGUCGCAGUAAAUUCCGUUCCAACGGGAACUUUUACUAAGAGGACUGAUAAUUCUAUGGCUGCUGUAGUUGUUGAUCUUGUGCCAUCAUCGGUUUUGGAAAAAGAAAAAAUAACCGUCUCUCCAGAAUUUUAUUUUCCUAUGGUGGAAACUACAACCGCCAAUGAUAGCAGUCCUAUGUUCUUUCCUGAACCACUUUCUUCUGAUAUUCUUUCUUUCGACAGAACUUCAGCAGUGUCCUCUAAUUUGCAUGAUGUGUCUUCAAAUACUCUCUUAAAUGGUUCAACUGUGGUUACGGACUCAUUGGUGGAUUCUUCUGUUUCAAGCAUGCCAAACGUUUCGUCAUUAGACGAAUUAGUUUCUACAAAUACAAUGUCAGAUUCAUCUAUUUCAGCCCUCCAAGGAGACGUCAAUGCGGAUUCAACGAUGACAGUGGAAAGUUCAGGCAUUUCUAGAGGCACGAAAAUAUCAGAUAUAACUGUAUUUCCAGGUACUCUAAAUAACUCUUUUUCGUCAACUUCUAGCGUAUCAGCAGUAGAAACACCAUUAGAUAUAUUUCCAGGUGAAAUGGUUGUUGAUUCAACAAGCAACAACACAUCAAUUGAACCAGUUUCUACAAAUUCUUCUGUAAUCACAAGAAUUUCAGAUGCUUCAAUGUUAGGCUCAUCCGUAGACAUGCCAAUGGACAAUGCUGGUAAUUCUAAUGGCGAUGCCUUCAAUACUGAUGCAUCUGUAAGUUUUUUCCCGGACAAUGCUGGUAAUUCAAAUGGCGAUGCUUUCAAUACUGAUGCACCUGUAAGUUUUUUCCCGGAUAAUGGCUUUGAUUCACAGGGUACUUUCGGUUCAACUAGUUCAUCUAUUGCAGAAGACAUCAAUGUAAUUACAUCAGUCACUAAAAGUUCUACUGCUUCUUCAAGUAGUGCCAUUACUGAUAGUUCAUCUUUCACACGAGAAGGUUCCGGAAGUGAUCUAUCUGCUUUGUCUGUGAAUCCCCCUGUUACAGAUGCCUUACGAUUUGGAGCUAACGACAACUUGUCGUUACAGAAGUUUCCUACAACUGAAAAUCAAGUUGUAACAGUUGUGACUGUUGAAACCCCAGUGCAAUCUUCAUUUUCUGAAUCAAAUAGUUUGAGUGUUGAGUCUCUUAGAGAGGAAACAGUUCCAGCAGAGACCAGAAUAACAAAUAUGAAAUUUUCAGAUACAACAGAUCUCGACCCAAUGACAUUUGAUCCAACAUUUCCAUCAUUCCCAGAAAGUGGAACGGACUUGACAUCAUUUGCUGAAAGUAGAACAGUUAAUCAAAUUAUACCAAAUGAUUCAUCGAUGUCAGCUGUAGUAACCGGUGCUGUUUCUUCAACUACAUCAUCAGUAAAUGCAGGAGAUUCAAAUAUUGGUUCAGCCAAUUCAGAAGCCAUAUUUCCGAACGUUUCGCCAGUUUCAUUUUCGUUAACAGUGAAUGGAGAGGAACCCGGAUUAACAGCAGGUGAAAUACCUCCUCCACCUCCAGUAUUCCCCGCUAAAGAUAUAAACAACAUUCCAGCAUCUGCUGACGCCGAGCUGUUUCCACCGUUUGACCUUGGAAGAGGUUCAACGCCUUUUUCUGAAAACAUUCCACCCGUUCCCGCAGGUGAGAUGAUGGGAUCCCGACAAGAUUUCAGGAGAGUGAAUUCCGCAUCAACAUUAGACGUUACAAUGGUUGAACCUAAUUCAAGAACCGAUAUUAAACCAGCUGUAUCCUCGUUUCCAGGUGCAAAUACAGCCGAGGUUACACCACCGAAAACAGGAAUAUAUCAGCGCGGAAAUGGACUUGUCAUGGCAGUCCUUGAUCUUACUAAUGCUGACAAAAAUAAUCUUGGUGAAAUGAUGCAAAUUCUCCAAAAUCUUAUUGAUGAGCGAAAUAGAAACAUGGCAGCUCCAGUAAUGACCGAACCUACAGAAGCACCAUCAUUUUCCGAAUUUCCUAGUGCAAAUUUCGAGUCCAGCUUUCCUGGAGCUGGUACAUCCAGCUUUCCUGGAGCAAGUACCUCCAGUAUCCCUGAGUCAGGUACGUCCAGUUUUCCUGGAGCAGGUACAGACGUAGCAUCAAGUUUCCCCGGAAUGGGAAGUCCUGUAGAAUCCCCAAAAUCGAGUGUCUCAAUAUCUGGAUCAGAAGUGCCAUUUGUUGCAUCCGGUUUUCCUGGAAGCGAGGCUAGGUCUGAAGUUAACAGUUUUCCAGGAUCAGAUUUUAUAUCUGCACCAUCUGCUAAUCAAGCAACUGAAACUCCAUCUGGAAUGGCUACCUUUCCAGGAUCUGGAUCUAACAUGUCAGGUUUCCCAGGUAUGCGAACUGAAAAAUCUUCAACAGUUUCUACAUCCAAAGGGGUAGUACCACCAGGAACAGUAUCCGGGAUAGAGGGUUUCGAAAGAACAGAAUCUCCAUUGUCAUCCAGUAUUGGUGGGGUGCCAAGUAAGUCAUGAAGUUGAACUAUGGCAACGUUAGGUCUUUGAACGACUAGAAGAAACAAGGGAUGUCGACUACUAUACUUACAGAAAUCUGUCUCCGUUUUCUAUCAACAGAACUAAUGUGUGUUGGUGAAAGACAUUAAAUAUAUAUGAAAUACAUAUAAAAAAGCUACAAAAAUAUAUAUCUCAAUAAAUAAGUUACACAGUGAUUGAUAGUUUGUUUACAAACGAAACCAAUGUACAUUUUAAUAAGAUGUUAAAAGUUAAAAACUAUAAUUAGUAUAAUUAAUAUAAUUAUUUUUGUGUAUAUUUAUGUGUUGCAAUUGCAGACUGGUCUUACAUAUUUCAGUGUCACCAGUAAAUGCGUAGUGUUAAUGUGCUAAUUUUUAUUAACUGUAGAGUUUAUGUGCAUCCAAACAUAAAUUGUCAUCAGCACCAACGGCUGGAGUCGUUAAAAUAUGUAGAAAGUUUUGUUAUUUAUUAUGCAUACCUUUUCUGAAGAGUUUAAGUGUGAUAUAUGUCACACUGUUGGUUACAUUGUUAAUCGUUAAUGUAUAUUUGUAAAAUAAAAUAUUUUUAUGAAAACAC